UGUGUGAGCUGAGUGUGUGAGCUGCGGCAGCAACGAUGCCUUCAGUUCAGUAUCUGAGAGAGUUCAUCAACGAGCGACUAACUGCUGCUGCUGAACAAAUAUUCUUGGAGUUUGAAAAAACGAUCGUCCAGUACGAGGAAGAGAUCGACCGUCAGCGCAGACUGCUGGAUAUCACCUGGAAACCCCAAAUCAAGCUGCACAGGACAGACCUCCAACAGCAACAUGUCUGUGAGGAGGAGGAGGUUCAGCAGAGGAGCCGAACACAGUCUCUACAGAUUAAAGAGGAACAGGAGGAGCUGUGCAUCAGUCAGGACGGGGAGCAGCGUGCACUGAAGGAGGAGACUGAUACCUUUAUGGUGACUGUAACCUAUGACGACAGCGAUCUCAGUGAACCUGACCUGGACAGCGACCAGCUCGGCUCUCGCAGCUCUCUUCUCUACGAAAGCCGAGAUCAGGAAGGAAGCGAGAGUUUCGAUUCUACUUCAACUGCCACUAGAAACAUAAGUCAGAGUAGCAACGCAGAAAUCUUUCCCACAUCAGAGAGUCAGUGUAACACCGACAUAGUCCCCAAAUCUCUAAAAUGCAAUGUUUGUGGAAAGGUCUUUAAGCCUUUUAGUGACCCGUUAGCAUUUAAGAGACACAUGGCAGUCCACUCGGGCGAAAAGCCGUACUCCUGCAAAACGUGUGGGAAAAGUUUCACUAAAAAUAGUACUUUACUGGGCCACAUGAGAGUUCACACAGGGGAGAAGCUGUAUUCUUGUGAAACGUGUGGGAACAGUUUUACUCGAAAAGGUAGUCUGCUGGUGCACAUGAGAAUCCACUCGGGCGAGAAGCCGUACGUUUGUAACGCCUGCGGCGAGCGCUUUUGUUACUUGUCGGCGCUUAAAAAGCACAAGGCGGUGCACACGGGCGAGAAGCCGUAUUCCUGCGAAACGUGUGGGAAAGGUUUUACGGAGCGCGGCAGUUUGUUGGUUCACAUGAGAAUCCACUCGGGCGAGAGACCGUAUACUUGUAAAACCUGCGGGAAAAGUUUCACUAAAAAAUGUACUCUGUUGGUGCACAUGAGAAUUCACACCGGCGAGAAGCCGUACUCGUGUAAAAUCUGCGGGAUGAGUUUCAGUAAAAAUGGUGGUUUGUUGGUGCACAUGAAAACUCACACAGCUGAGACGCUGAAGUCGGACAUUUCUGUGGGCAAAGACUCUCUAGCUGUCGGAGCCGCGAUGUCGUCAGUUCGGUACCUGAGAGAGUUUAUCAACGAGCGACUAACUGCUGCCGCCGAGGAAAUCUUCCUGGAGUUUGAAAAAACCAUCGUCCAGUACGAGGAAGUGAUCGACCGGCAGCAGAGGCUGCUGAGCAUCACCUGGAAACCCGAAACACAGCUGCACAAGACAGACGUCCCACAGCAGCCUGUCUGUAAGGAGGAGGAGGAGGUUCUCCCUGAGCAGCAGGAGAGGAGCUCCAGUCUGGACCAGGAGGAACCAGAACCUCCGCAGAUUAAAGAGGAACCCGAGGAACUGUGCAGCAGUCAGGAGGGAGAGCCGCUGGUGCUGAAGGAGGAGAUCGAUACUUUUAUGGUGACUGAAACUUAUGAGGAAAGCGAGCACAGCGACUCAGAGCCGGACAGCGAUCAGCUCCUCUCUCACAGCUCUGCCGAGAGAACCGAGAUCCGAGACCAGGAAGGAGUCCGCAGCGCAGAUCCAGGAGCGUCUAGAAGUCACAGCAGCAACGCAGAAGACUCUCCGGUGUCAGAGAGUCCGUGUAACGCCACCGCAGGGGAAAAGUCUUUAACGUGCGGCUUUUGUGGGAAAGCCUUCAAGAACAAGUACAAGAUGAUUGAUCACCACAGAGUCCACACGGGUGAGAAGCCGUAUUCUUGUGAAACGUGUGGGAGGAGUUUCACUCAGAGGGGAACGCUGACCGUCCACAUGAGGACUCACACAGGCGAGAAGCCGUAUUCCUGCAAAAUAUGUGGGAAAGGUUGCACGGUGAGGAGUAAUCUGAUGGUCCACAUGAGAACGCACACAGGUGAGAUGCCUUACCUGUGUAAUACCUGCGGGGACAGGUUUUCAGACUUGUCGACAUACAAAAGACACACGACCGUCCACACGGGAGAGACGCCGUAUUCCUGCGAAACGUGUGGAAAGGCUUUUAACCGAGGCAGCAAUCUGCUGCGCCACAUGAGAACUCACACAGACGAGAGGCCUUAUUCUUGUCAAACGUGCGGGAAAAUGUUCACACGCAGUAAUCAUUUGUUGCGCCACAUGAAAAUUCACACGGGGGAGGAGUCCCAGUAGUGGUACUGUUAGUGGUGCUGGUCACAGGUACUUUAAAGCUGUCCUUAUACACAAAAAGGAAAGAGACAAAUGUAAUCCUGUCACACCAGGAUGCUCCAAGUAUUAUUCCUACAGUGUGUAAGAAUGAAAACGUCCAGUUCGAACAUAUUCAGGAGUGACUGCAGCCUCCGAGUGACAGGUGGGAACCUGAAAGUGGGAAUUCGGGAUGCACAAACCCAACUAGUCAAUAGUUUUUUAUGGGAUAUCCAUCAUUUGGAUCAUUGUGUGUGCUGCAGGCUGCUCUCAUAUUAUUCUCUACGACAUCCUCACAAAGACCAAAGUCUGUGUUUGUAUGUGUGAAACAGGAAUAACACUUCCCAAGUCUGCGAGUCCGUCAGGGUCCGCUCGAGUCCCAGUGACUUAACCAAUCACAGCAGAUGGCCCCGCCCCUCCCUGAGCCUGGUUCUGUUGGAGGUUUCU